AUGACUGAUAAACGCAACCUAACAAACACACAAGUAGCAUUUUCAGCUAAAGCAGGGGCGGGCAAACUACGGCCCGCAAAGCUACUUUAUGCGGCGGCCCGCGAGGCCAUGUUCGACCAAAAAAAAGAAAGUUCGUCAGCCAGACAUUAUGAGCAAAAAAAGGCACAAAUCUUAAAAAAAAUUCUCCCUCGGACACGCAACCAGACACGCAACCUGACAUUCAACCAGACAUACAACCUGACAGUUCCAUACAACUCACACUACCCACGUCGGCAUUCAGGUGAGUCGCUAACGCUUGUGGUAUGCAGCAAGUCUGGGAAGCAAUUACUAGCAAGAUUGUUCAAGGAUGGCCUCAUUGUUGUUGCAAACACUUCCAAGCAGGUGUUUCCAGAUCCAGAAAUGUUUAGAAGGGAGAGAAGGUUGAACAUUUGA